AUGGAGUUAUUAAGCAUAUUCGUUUCCACAUUCAAUUCAAUAUUCAAAUUAGCUUUUGUUGUCUUUGCUGGGUAUAUAGCAACCAGAACAGCAGGGUUUUCUUCUGAUGCAAGGAAAGUCUUUUCAACGGUAAUCUUCCAGUUCUUAAUACCCGCACUCGUUUUGAGUCAAACUGCAACAAGUGUCGACAGAAUUAAUACAUUAAUAGAUUGGUGGUAUCUUCCACUCUGUGCAAUUAUGAUCAAUGUUAUUAACUUUUCCUGUACUUAUGCUAUCUCUCGUAUAUUCAGACUUGAACAAAAUGUGAGAAGGGUUUUUGUCUACUCAGUUGCGUUUGGAAACAUGAUGUACAUACCUCUUGCUCUAGUUGAUAGUAUGACUUCAGAAUCAUCGAUUUUUGGAGAAAAUGCCAAUGAAAGGGGAGGUGCUUACAUCUGCACAUUCAUUUUGAUGUCCACUCUUAUUUAUUGGGUAUUUGGGUAUUCAUACAUUCAAAAAAACCAAAGUGAUGAUGAGAAUGUAUUGGAUUCAAUGAAAACAGAUGAGAAAGGUGUAGAAAUGAAGAGUGAAAUGACUAGAAUUGUUAUUAGUGGAGACCCAACUCCUUUACUUGUAACCACAAACAUUUCAAAUUCAGCAAAUUCAACAACAAGCUUUGACAUUUCAAGUGAGGACGAUGUCGACCAAAAGAGAGUUGAAGAAGAACCUUUAAUUUCACAAAAGGACGAGCAAAAAGAAAUGAAAUUACCAACAAAAAAUGUGUGUGUUGUCAACGAGAAACCAACACCAAACUCAUCAAUAAGUACGCAACCCACAAAAGACUUGAACGAGAAAGAAAAGAUGAUUAGUAUUAACAACUUAAAAAAGGUUUUAAAAUUUGUUACAAUUCCUUUCCUUUGGAUAUCAAAGAUGUACACUGACAAAGUUCCUUUAGUAGUCCGACGUGGAAUCAAUAACUUGUGCACGCCUCCCACACUUGCAACACUCUUUGGGAUUGUGUUGGUUGUGCUCUAUCCAGUUAGAGAUUUUAUCUUUGUUAAUGGACCCAUUUCUAUAGUUGGGAGGUCAAUCAAAUAUCUUGGAGGUGCAGCUGUGGUCUGUGCUCUGUUUGUCCUUGGAGGAAAUUUGUCUUCUGGGCCAAAAGCAGGGAAUAUCAAGUGGUAUGUGAUUGUCAUCGGUCUUUUUGUGAGAAUGGUUAUUGUGCCAGCUCUGUGUAUUGGAAUCAAUUUUGGGAUGUGGUACUUUAAAAUGAUACCAUCAGACCCACUCUUCUUCUUUGUUGUUUGUGUGGAAUCUAUGACCCCGCCUGCACUCAACAGUACCAUUGUUAUGAAUAUUGUCUACCCAAAAGGAAAUUCUGAAUGUUCUUCUUUACUUUUCUGGGCCUAUUUGUUUUCGACUAUAACUCUCUCUUUGUGGAUGGUUGUGACACUUUCGUUGAUUACUUUCAUGGCUUGA